AUGAAAACAUUUUUUGAAACAUUUUUGUGUUCUCUGAAGCGUUCAUUUCAUUCAUUCAUUCAUACAUUCGUUCAUUCAUUCACUCAAAAGGGAAGACCUAUUGUGUUAUCAAAAGGCGAUCACUUCUCUCUCUCUGACUCCCUGUGCUGUCCCGCUCUGUCCCGUCCCGGACCCCCUCCCGACUGGCGAAUAGAGCUGUGAAAACCCGUUCACACAUUUAUCACACCAUUAGGCAGCAGAUGACCAGAAUCUGGCGAACAAUGCCUGACAUUCCGACACAAUUGCAAACAACAGUCUAUAACACGACUAACCAAAUAUCAACUCAACCUAACUGUCCGCCAAAUCAGCCUUCGUUUCAAACUCUAAACCAGGACUACGACUGCAGUCGAGUCUCGACACCAAUCAAACCGUAUUCAAGAUCUCUAUAGAGAACAGAUGCCAAACAAAGAACAACAAAAGACACACAAAAAAGCAUUCAUUUCAUUGAUUCCGACAUCGAGUCCAACAAUCGAUACCAUUGUUCGCGAAUUUAUAGCCGUUUUGCAGACUUUUCAUUGACUUUUUGGCUGAAAAUUGUCAAAAAAAAAGUCGAUUCGAGGCCUCAAAUGAUAACUCUAUUUAUGACUGCAUUAGUGACACCACAUCUCCAUUAAAAGCUUACUUAUUCUCUCUUUGAAUGAACUAAUAAUGAUCUUCACUGAAACAUACUGUUCCUCUCAACACAACAAACACAUAAACCGUUCCUCCGUUUUGUGCUAAUAAUCAAAACGAUUCAAUCAGACCUAUAAAGAGCACAGUUAUAUACACUGUAUAUUGAGAUGCCGUAAGCGAUAGGAUUGCUUUACCGACGAUUCCUGUGCACUCUUCGGAUGGUUCACUCCGGUGAUCAUCUCCUCAGGCGUGACCUCAAUGGUGAUAAUGAGGACAACAAUAUUACCGAUUGAUUAGUGAAGCGGAAAAGCGCAGAGCUUUUUGUCGACCAAUUGGUUAAUGAUUACGACUGAUGUGUGACGUAAUUGUUGUUCAAGUGUUUGAUUCACAGCACAAGUGAUUGUAAACAAUGGCAACAAAACACAGAUAACGACAACUAAUUGUUAUCAAAAAUAACUCAUUUUAGUCAAGAGUUUCAAAGCUCUUAAUGUCACACAAAUCGUCAGUUUGUGAGUUGUCUUUCUGACCAUUUCACUCAAAAAUGGCCGACAAUGAAGACACCGACGACAGCCGCCGACUGGCUCUCGACGAGACGCUGAUUGUCUUCACGAACAACGCUUCUUCGGGUCACAAACUCUUCGUUUGGAAACAAUUCACGCAAUGUUUUAAAUGUCCGCUUGUCUUUUGGGAACAAUUAGAACCCAAAGAGACUAAACCUCUUAAAGUGACCACAAAUUACGAGUUACGCAUCGCUAUUACCGACCAGAGACCAAAUGAUAUCAAUUAUUGGACGCUUUCUGAAGAAAGUGUUUUUUGUCAAAACAGUUAUUCUCUUUUGGAUCAAUCGAAACAUGUCUUCACAAUAAACGGCGGAAAUGACUACAAGUGCCAAAUCCAAGAAACCGAAUCCGGCCGAAACAACAUCUGGCCAAUUGUCGGUGCAGUUCUCAUCUACGUCAUCGCUGCCGUCCUCUUUUACGGCGGCCGUCGUCUCUUUUACCGAUGGCGCGAACGACAAGCGGCCGCUUUGGCCGUGUCUUCGCCCAAUGAGUCACCGAUUGUUGAGAUGAGAACCGAACAAAAGGACGACAAAAGACGAAAGCGUUUGAAAUCUUUGGAUUGUUUUCGAGGGAUAACUAUAUUAAUGAUGAUUUUCGUGAAUUUGGGCGCCGGCAACUAUGAAAACCUGGAUCACGCCGCUUGGGACGGAUUCAACUUCGCCGACAUCAUAUUCCCGUGGUUCAUCUUCAUUAUGGGAACAACUAUGGCCAUCAGUUUCAAAAGUAUAGUAAUUCGUCAAAAACAGACGGUUUCCAAAAUAUACUAUAAUAUAGUGAAGCGUUCAUUCAAUCUCUUCGUCAUCGGACUUAUGCUUAACUCCAAAGGAAGUGCCGACUUCCGAACGUUGCGGAUCCCGGGUGUCCUCCAGCGCUUCGGUAUAACAUAUUUAGUGGUUGGUUCGAGUCAUGUGUUGUCUCUUUUGGUGCACAAGGGCGAGCUAUUCGGCGCCUUGAGAAUCCAUCAGUUGGUUGACAUAAUUCCCUUUUGGCCCGAAUGGAUAGUUAUGUCUUUAAUGGCUGUUCUCCAUUUCGCGCUGACAUUCGGCUGGCAAUUCAGUCCUAUCUGUCCCCAGGGAUACAUCGGACCGGGAGGCCUAUACGACAACAUGACUCACGUGCACUGCACGGGUGGCGUCGCCGCAUAUAUAGACAAAUGGGUUUUGGGCGAUAAACACAUCUACGGCCACUUCACCGGAGACCGUUUGUAUGACCCGAACCACGAGUUCAGUCUGCGUCACGACCCCGAGGGAAUUCUCGGAACGACGACUUCCAUAAUCCUGACUUUCCUGGGAUUACAAAUCGGGAAAAUACUGAUCGCUUACCCGAAUCCCAAACAACGCAUCUCUCGAUGGCUCGUUUGGGGAUUACUUUUAGGCUCUCUGAGCGCUCUAUUCGCGGCCACCGAAACCAUUCCUAUCAACAAAAACCUCUGGUCUUUCAGCUUCAUUUGUCUCACUUCUUCGGCCGCCUGUUUCGCAAUCAGUCUUCUCUAUUAUCUCAUAGAUGUCCUCCAAAUCUGGCCAAACGGACAGCCCUUUCAUUAUCCCGGAAUGAAUUCCAUUCUCUUAUAUAUCGGACACGAAAUCACCGCCGAUAUGAUUCCCUGGAGCUUCAAUGUCGACGAGUCAUCGCACGUCGGGCCACUGGCCAGGAAUCUAGUGGCCGUUACCGUUUGGUUCGUUAUUAGCGUCGUUUUGGCCGAAAAAGGAUUCUUUCUUACGAUUUAAGUCAUUAAAUAUUUUUUAUUUAUGUUU